AUGUUUGUGCUUCUCUUUCUACUCAUCCCAGUUCUGAGCAGCAUAUCUGCCAAACCUUUGCAUUCACUUGUUCAUGACAUUUCUGAUGAUACUUGGAGCUCACGUGAUGAAGAUUUCUUGAACGCUGAAGUUGUACUUGAAAAUCUGAUAGAAGAAAUUAGCAAAGACAAGAAUGAUCUUGCUAUUGAAGAUUUUCCUCAACAACCACCAGGUAAUUCACAUGACCAUAUAUUGCUUUAUCGACCAAUUUCUAUUUGCAGAGCUCAACCAUGA